UACUCUGAAAAGCCUUGAGCUUCCGCCCAUUUCAAGCCCACUAAAAAGCUCUCCAAUUUGAAGACUUUCCGGAUAAAUCGAUGCCUCGAUGAUGGAGCUCUCGUGCUUCGACCGAAGAUAAUUGCUCGAGCGGACAAGCCGAAAUUGAAGCCACCCCCAGCAACUGACAGCUAGUGACCUGCAGUAAAGAGAAAAAUGUCAAAAUUGAUUCUUGCUUGCUGCAAGGUAUACAUCUCAGAAAGCAGAAAUAAGGCUGCGCUGGAGUCAAUUGAACGAGCUACCAAGCUCUUCCCUGAUGCACCUAUUAUCAACAAAUUCACGGAUGAGGUCUAUAACAGAGUUGGAUAUACCCUUGUUUCAAAGCUCCCAUCACAGCCAUCUGGAAAGUCAUGUUCCCUGAUAAGUGCGGUCCUGAACAUGGUUAAGGCUGCAUUUUCAGCAAUUGAUUUCAAUUCGCAUUGUGGCAGCCACCCGCGACUUGGAGUUGUGGAUCAUAUAUGCUUUCAUCCUUUGGCCUCUGCAUCUUUGGAAGAUGCCGCUCUUAUCGCAAAAUAUCUGGCAGCUGAUGUAGGAUAUAGACUUCAAGUCCCAACAUUUCUAUAUGGAGCGGCUCAUGAAGAGGGCAGGAAACUAUCAGAGAUCAGAAGAGAGCUCGGUUAUUUCAAGCCAAAUUCUGAGGGGUUAAAGUGGGCUGGAGGGUUGAAAUCAGAUUCAUUGCCACUGAAGCCAGAUGACGGUCCAGCUGAAGCAAGUAAAGCAAAAGGGGUUGUGGUGAUUGGAGCAACAAAGUGGGUUGAUAACUACAAUGUCCCAGUUUUCUCUACCAAUAUCAGCGCUGUUCGUAAAAUUGCGAAGCAAGUGAGCGAGCGAGGAGGUGGACUUUCUUCUGUUCAAGCAAUGGCCCUUGCUCAUGAUGAAGGUGUAAUUGAGGUGGCUUGUAACUUGCUUGAACCAAGUAAAGUGGGAGGAAAAGUGGUUCAGCAGGAAGUUGAACGGCUUGCGGAAAACGAAGGUUUAGGCGUGGGGGAAGGGUAUUUCACAGACCUCUCGCAAGAGAAUAUUAUUGAAAGGUACCUCAAAUUGUUUUCUUUGUAAUUUUUGACUUGCAUUUGACUUCUAUAUUCUAUGUAGCUUAUGCUUUUGAUGUUUAUACCACCACUUGACGUUGAGCUGAAAGUUGAAUGUUUUGAUCUUCCGAGCAUGUGCUUUUAAA